UGUUUAACUGUGUUUGAAUGCGUUCAUUCCGUGUAGAACCCCGAACUAAACCUUUCAGAAUAGUUUCUAUUUGAUUCCUUUUUUUUCAUUUCGGUUAUGUGAGUGUGUUUUUACUGAUGUGCCACUUGUCCCAAUGGAAAGAGGGCUUCGCUUUGGUAAGGUGGGCAUCUCGCUUGUGCUGCUGUUGGUUUUGAGAGCUCUAACAGGGACAGGGCAGUAUACGUCUCUGUCCAGCACUGGGCUGCAGAGCAGGGACGCCAGUAUGGAGCAGCGGGGACUGGAGAGUCACGCCGACGCUACCGUGGAGGACGAGAACGGUUCAGCCGGAGAGACUGAGGAACCUUCGGGAGACAACGACACAAACUUCCACCAACACGGGAGGAGCCUGGUGAUCAUCAGCACUUUAGAUGGGCGGAUUGCUGCUUUGGAUCCUCUAAAUCAGGGCCGCAAACAGUGGGACUUGGACGUGGGCUCAGGCUGCCUGCUGUCAUCCAGUCUUAGCAAACCAGAGGUAUUUGGAAAUAAGAUGGUUAUCCCCUCGUUGGAUGGCGCAUUGUUUCAGUGGAACAGGGACAGGGAGAUCAUGGAGGCUGUUCCUUUUAGUGUGGAGUCACUGCUCGAGUCAUCGUACCGUGUUGGAGAGGACACUGUGUUGGUGGGUGGGAAAUCACUUACCACCUACGGCCUGGGAACUUACAGCGGCAAGCUCAAGUAUAUCUGUUCGUCAGUCGGUUGCAGUCACUGGGGGAAGGAGGAGACAGAGGCAGAGGACAUGCUUUUACUGCAGAGAACACAGAAGACUGUUAGAGCUGUAACCCCUCGUAGUGGCUUUGAAAAGUGGAACUUCAGCGUGGGAAACUUUCAGCUGAAGUUUGUUUCAGAGUUCCAGACUCAGCUCAGUGUUUUUGAAGGGGAAGCAGCCAAUACAGACUCACUGCAUGGAGUGCAAGGUGACGCGCCCCGUGUUAUCCUGGAGGAAACAGAAGCACACAGUCAAAACCACGCUAACGCACACAUUCAGACAGAAGGCACGGACCUAGUGAUUAAAGUGUCUAUUCCAGACUGGAAGGUUAUGGCCUUUAGCAGUGGGCCAGCAGGACAGCUCAUCUGGGAGCAUCAGUUCUGUACGCCCAUUGCUUCGGCCUGGUUGGUGGGUGGGGGAAAAGUGACACCCAUCAGUCUGUUUGAUGACACACCAUACACCGUCCACCCAGAGAACGAUGCUCGGGAGGAGGAGGAUGACCUUGUGGAGGAGGCACGCGAAGCUACAGAGUCAAGUGUUUACCUGGGGAUGUUCCAGGGUCAGCUGUAUCUGCAGUCAUCAGUCCAAAUGUCUGAGAAGUUUCCAUCUAAGCCCAAAGCCUUGGACAGCCACAGGUCUAGCACAGAUAUUACUCCUCCACCUACCGUUAAAUGGAGGCCUCUCAUCCACUCUCCCUCUCGUACUCCGGUACUGGUGGGUUCUGAAGAGUUUGAUAAGUGUCUGAACAAUGACAAGUUUUCCUAUGAGGAGUACAGCAACGGGGCUUUGUCUAUUCUGCAGUAUCCUCAUGACAAUGGGUACUAUUUUACAUACGGUAGUCAGUACCGUGGCCGGCGGGAGGUGACUGCAGUGAGCGUGUUGCGUACAGAUGAGGGCAGAGUAUUGAGGAGGAAGGAUCCAGUGCUGCUGUUGCCAUGGUGGAAGGAGAUCUUGGGCACAAUCAUCUUUUGCAUUGCUGCUACAACGUACAUUGUUCGGAAGUUCUUCCAUCCCCACACAGCAUACAUACGGCAGAGGAAAGAGUCGGAGACGCAGUGUCAGACAGAGAGCAAGUUUGAGCUGGAGGCCUCAGAACCCAGAGAGGCGGUUACAGACAGUCGUCCCAGUGAAUAUGUGUCCAGGUACUUGACAGAUUUUGAGCCGGUGCAGUGUUUAGGAAGAGGUGGCUUUGGAGUUGUGUUUGAGGCUCGGAACAAAGUGGAUGACUGCAAUUACGCCAUCAAGAGAAUUCGCCUACCAAACAGGGAAGUGGCCCGUGAAAAGGUGAUGCGAGAGGUAAAGGCUUUAGCCAAACUUGAGCAUCCUGGUAUCAUCCGGUACUUCAAUGCAUGGCAAGAGAGUCCCCCACAGGGCUGGCAGGAGGAAAUGGAUGGACGCUGGCAUAAGGAUGCUAGUGUUACUGAUUGGCCUCUCAGCUCUCCUGAUCACAUGGAGGCUUUCUCCGUGAAGGUGCCCAUCUCCACUCCCUCUCCUCUGGAUUUGCCAUGCAAGUGUACGACUGGUGUACACAAAAGCACGCUUGCUCAGGAUCACGUGUGUGUGGACGGGUUAGAGCUGGACAGCAUGAUGUCAGAACAGGACAGUCAUGCGGAUGUUGACCCUGACCUGGAGCUCUCUGAAUCACGCCAUUCUUUCGAGCUCUGUCCCCCACGUACACAGCUCCAUAACGACUGCACCACCUCCUCUUUUGACAUAGUGUUUGAGGAUUCGGGCUGCGACCAGUGCAACAACGACGCAGAGCCCAGCCCGAGGACACCUGUUCAGACGAUAUGCCCCUCCCACUCGAGCUCCAGAUCCCAUCUCACUGCUUCCUCAGCCCCAUUGUCUUUCUCUCCUCCACGGCCUACCACUUUAAACCUGCCACCUCGCGCUCCCAUUACUGCUGCACGACUGCCCCCCACACCCAAGGUGUACUUGUACAUCCAGAUGCAGUUGUGCAGGAAGGAGAACCUCAAAGACUGGAUGGCACAGCGCUCACAGCCUGAGCUCAGAGAGCACUCGCAGUGUCUUGACAUCUUUUUGCAGAUAGCAGAGGCUGUCGACUUUAUCCACAGCAAGGGAUUAAUGCACAGAGACCUGAAGCCUUCUAAUAUCUUCUUCACACUGGAUGAUGUUGUGAAAGUUGGGGACUUUGGGCUUGUGACAGCUAUGGAUCAGGAGGAAGAUGACGAUGAUUUAAGCACCCUUACACCCAUGCCGGUUUACGCUCGCCACACUGGCCAAGUCGGAACCAAGCUUUACAUGAGCCCAGAACAGUUGUCAGGGAACUCCUACUCUCACAAAGUGGAUAUUUACUCUCUGGGAUUGAUACUGUUUGAACUGCUUUAUCCAUUCCGCACACAGAUGGAGAGAGUCAAGACUCUGACUGAAGUUCGAGCUUUGAAGUUCCCCAGUUCUUUUUGCAAAAACAACGUUCAAGAGGCUCAGAUGGUGCGCUCGAUGCUCUCUCCUGUGCCUGCGGAGCGUCCUGAGGCUUCAGAAAUCACAGAAACUCCAUUGUUUCAGGAGCUGGAAGUUCCCUGCAGGAUGAGACAGCGUUCUCGGACGUACAGCGCAUCGUCCACAGGCCGACCAUCACGUCAGAUAUCCAACUCGAACUGAAAUUGUGUACACUUGACCAUACAGAACUGAAAUCUGAAGUUUGUUUGUGAUCUGAGAUGUUGACCAGUAAACAAUAUGGGGCAUCUCCACUUCUCAGACAUUGCAGUGUGUGAUAAUGGAUAAAUGUAUGACUUUAGCAUAGUCUCAGGCACCAAACCCACACUGUGUGUUUCUCAACCCACCUGCAUCACUGCUUUCACUUUACCUAGGUCACUGCUGGUCAUCUUGUGGUCAUCUUCUUAUCCAGCUGAUGACAUUAAGGAGAGAAAAUUUCCGACUGAAUUUUGCUAAUUCAAUGCAGAACAGUUCUUAUUCUGAAGACUCUAAAUACCCCCUGAUUCACAUCUUUAUUUUUACUUACACUGCCAUCUUUUAUAUGGAAAUGAGUGAGCUGAUUGUAAUGCACAAUGCUUGUUUUUUUGUGCUGAAUGAAGGAAUGCUGAAUAAUAAGUUGCCUUGGAAUGGUGAUCACUGACUAAAAAUGUACCAUAUUUGUAUGGACCUGAUUGUUCUCUCUACUCUACUGUAAAUAGACUUAAACUCCAAAGGAGUUUGAGAGAUCUUGGGCAUUUUAGUGGACUGUAGUUGACAAUUUAUUCAACUUUGCAAUUACAGAAAGGUAAUAUUGUUUCGUGAUUUUGUUCAGAUAGAAUGAUUUGGACUCAGAGCGAGAUAUUUGUAAAAAUGUAAAGUUGAAGGUGUCAAAUAUUUUUCCUUUAAUAGCAAAACGGGUUUUGUACUUUAUCUAAAAAAAAAAUAGGGCAUAAAAAAAUAAGAGCACAUGAAACUGACUUCUACAAGCAAGUGAUUUGAUCUAACAUGGAAACAAAAUGCAUACCACAAAUCCUUGUAACAUACAAAGUAAUUGUUGUCAUGCAUUACUUAGAUUAUUUUAAAUUCUAUUUUGUUAUGCUUACAUUUUCUCCAACAGCUUCUUAAGAAAUUAAGUGUAGACUGUAGACUGGAGUGUGGAGACGAAUGACUCUUGACUGAUUUAAUAUGUGAAAGACCUGCUUGAAAUAAGGACUGACUGAUUUUGUCUCACUGUAGAAGCUGCGUGUAUGCACGAUUGAGUUAUGUACAACUGACCUAAAUGUUUGAGAUUAUGACCUGUUCUGACCUUAGCAUUACCAGUAUAUAUACCAUAACAUAUGAAUAUAUUACUUUAAAUCAGACCCCACAUCUCUCAUGCUUAUUUAAGUUUUCCUUAAUGUUCCUAAUAAGCACAGAUAUUUUAAGCUUGCUUUAAAAAAAACAAGCAAUCAGCAAUCAGUUUAUUUAGUUUGAGCUGUCAGUAUGUGGCCAUGGAACAAGACUUUCUAGCCAUUAGGAUUUUUAUUAGAAUGCUACCCCACAACUGUCUGAACAGUUAAACCGUUACAUCUGCCAAGUGUAGACUUGCAUUUUUAAAAAAAAUGUCAUUGAUUAACUUGAUCCUUUCAGUAUAAUGACCGGUUACAGACGUGUUCCCUUUGUUGAUUUGACUUUUUUAUUCUGUAAAGUUUUCCCGUUCUGAUUCUGAUGCUGUGUCAUCCUAUCUCUGUAAUCUGUGAUCUUUAAAUUAAGGCACAACCUUGUCUUUUUGUAAAUAUGUUUUUUGUUUUUAUUUAUGUUGUUUGCAGAAUCAAUCCUUUUGGGUUGGUAAUGAUGUAUAAAUGCACUUCAUGCAGUGGAGUGUGUUGAAAUAUUGUGACUUAUUACAAGUCAAAAAUGUAAUAAACCUUCUAUAAUCUUUGCUAGAAA